CUUCUUCUUUCGUAAGGAAGAUCUCUCUCUCUCUCUCUCUCAGCGCAAGACAGUAAAAGAAGGAAGCAUCUGGUAAACCGAUUUCUCUUCUUCGUCAAUAAUGGCUGCGGUCUCGAAUCCAAGUAGUUCUUCGGAGAAUCCGAAGAUCAUCGUUGAAAGGAACCCUUCGGAGUCCAGACUGUCUGAGCUGAACAUCAAGUGCUGGCCCAAAUGGGCUUGCCCACCUGGGAAGUAUCGGCUCAAGUUUGAUGCACAAGAAACGUGUUACCUUCUCAAGGGCAAGGUCAAGGCAUAUUCAAUAGGGUCGUCGGGGUUGGCGCCGGCGCUGGCGUCGUCUUUGGACUUUGUGGAGUUUGCCGCAGGAGACUUGGUGAUCAUUCCCAAGGGUAUCAGGUGCACUUGGGACGUGUCUGUUGCCAUCGAUAAGUACUACAAAUUCGAGCCAUCUUCGUUGUCGGCAUCUUCUUCUUCUUCUUCUUAGUCAUCCUUGACAUGCUCCUAGUAUAUAAUUAUUAGCGACAUCCCUAAAUACAUUUCCAGUCUCUUGUUAUGUUCGCAUCAUGAUGUUGUAUGUUAGUGCUUAUUCUUUCGAGAUGAUGUACUUAAAUAUGUCAUCCUUUUUCUUGUGUCAAUUAAUUAACUGUGGACGUUGGAGUAACGUAGUUGUCUCUUCGUUCAAAGGACAAAAUAGUUGGU